AUGGUCAACAAGGGAGACGGUAAGAUCCCGACUCUGGACGAGCUGGAAACUGCGCUGGCCUCGGAUACAAAGGUCAAGCUCGCAGGGAUCCUCCGGGGGAAACUCGUCUCCAAGAAGAAGUUCCUUUCCGUCGCCAAAGAUGGGUUUGGCUUCUGCAGCGUCGUCUUUGGCUGGGACAUGCACGAUAUGACGUACUUCCGCGAACUCGCCAUCAGCAAUAAAGAGAAUGGAUACAAGGAUUUGGUGGCCAAGGUCGACCUGUCCACUUACCGGCGGAUACCUUGGGAGGACAAUGUGCCCUUCUUUCUCGUCAGUUUCUACGAUCCAGACACCGACAAGCCCAUCAGCGCGUGUCCCAGAAGUCUGCUGCGGACGGCUGUCGCGAAGCUGCGCAAGGCGGGCUAUGGAGCGAUGGCUGGCGCAGAGUACGAGUUCUUCACAUAUCGCGCUCCCAAAGACGAGUCAAUCCAGACGAGCCAUCAUUCCUCUUCCACGACAGCUUCUUUCCUACAGAACAACCCCGUCCACGCCCUCCCGCACCUGACACAAGGCAUGUUUGGCUACUCCCUAACAGAUCCUAUACACAACCAGGAAUGGUUCUACAGCAUUUUCAACACCUGUGAACAGUUCAGAUGCAAUGUAGAAGGCUGGCACACAGAAUCAGGGCCGGGAGUCUUUGAAGCCGCCCUGGAGUUUGGCGAGGUCACCGAGAUGGCAGACCGAGCCAGCUUGUUCAAGUACGUGGUCAAAGCUAUGGGGAGCAAGUAUGGUAUUACACCAACAUUCAUGGCCAAGCCAAAGGAAGGCUUGCCUGGGAACAGUGGACAUAUACAUUGCUCGAUCGUGGACGAGUCUGGAAAGAAUCUCUUCUACCGUGGCGAGAAGGACCCCAACCCUCCGUACAAGGACCUCGAGUAUGUGUCUGAUCUAGGCCGACAGUUUCUAGCAGGACUACUGGACGGUCUUGCUGAUGUGAUGCCGAUUAUUGCACCCACGAUCAACUCUUACAAGCGCCUGGUCGAGAACUUCUGGGCUCCGGUCACGGUUUCUUGGGGUCUUGAACAUCGAGCUGCGUCUAUUCGUUUGAUUGCUCCGCCAACGGCAUCAGCGAAAUCUACAAGGUUCGAAGUGCGGGUUUGCGGGGCGGACGCCAAUCCCUCCUUGGUGCUGGCCACUAUUGUUGCCCUUGGUUGGAGAGGUAUUGAAAAGAAGCUAGAGAUCAAAUUACCACCCCUGGGUAAAGGCGAAGAGGUCGGGAGCCUCAACGAUAAGGGAGAACGAUUACCCAAGAACCUCAGGGACAGCACGGCACGAUUUAUGGCCAAGGACAGUGUCGCCCGCGAAGUGUUUGGCGACGAGUUUGUACAGCAUUAUGGUGGUACCAGAGAACACGAGCUACGACUAUGGGACGAAGCCGUCACGGAUUGGGAGGUAAGAAGGUAUAUUGAGACCGUAUGA